AAACGAAACUUUCAAGACCUAAACAACUAUUCGCAAUGCUACAGAAAUAUUUUCUAGCAGCUUUUCUGCUUGUUGCGGUGCCGCUUUGCUCUUGCAUUAAGCAAACGGAAGACAAUGUGCACCAUCUGCCCAUUUGGCCUACUCUCAAUGGAGAAUCGCCAUAUCGCAGACUAAGACGCCAGACUCCGCCCACAAGCAAUCGUGAGCAGUUGAAGCGAUGCUCUGGCUAUUACGCUCAUGGUGCCUAUCCACAUGGACGUCUGAUACUAUACUGGCAUAAUAUGCAGAAACCUCGCGAUGCUUCUAGAUACUUGAGUCGUAUUAUAACAGAUGAUUUGCACCUGCCCCAAUUGGCAUCCAAGGUCAUUCAGCAUGAUGUGAGAAAUGGUCAUAUACUCUUCCAGUUUAAUGCAGCAUGUGCCGUGCUAAAUUAA